AUGAGCCUCAGCUUGAGCAGAGCCUGCUUCCGAACGCGCCUUCAUCGUACCUUUGCCACAAACUUCCCACGGCCACCUCCGCCACCCACAGAACCUCCCCAUGUCACAAUGUUCUCCGACACAUCCCGCCCACGUCCUUUCCGUGAGCUCCCACGCAUAAAGAGACGCUGGCCCGCUAUCUUGGCAUUAAGUGUAUUCGGGGUCGCAGCUUGGGGUGUCUUUUAUAGUUAUGCGACGAACCAGCAAAAGAUCUCAAGUUCGGUGUUCAAGCAGGUCUUGCGGACAGCGAGGGAUGACAAGGGAUUACGGAACGUCCUGGGGGAGGCAUUGAGACCUCAGCCAGAGUGGUGGCUUAAUGGGGAGCCGAGGGUUCUCGGGGCAAUCAAUAUAUUACAGGGGCAUGUAGAUCUAAGUUUCAGGAUUCGAGGGUCAAAAGGUUCUGGUACCGUCUACUUUACCAGCGUUAGGAGAGAGAAGGGUCUCCCGUAUGAUAUUCUCCGAUUUAAAGUUAUAGCCGACGACGGAACCGUCGUGAACGUCGACUCUAGCAAGGUCUAA